AUGCCCCAUAAUGAUGAUCAUGACUACAAGAAGCAGCGAGGUUCCAAGCUCCAGUGGGCAUUCACAGUGCUCAGCCAUUUGCCGACCGAACAGGCUUAUACGUGUCUCCUCAUACGUGAAAUCCAAUCUAACAUCUUUGCCCAGGAAGUCGACUCCGAGCCCCAUUCCUUUCACCCGACAAUUGAUAGUAGAAAGCUGCCCAAAACGCAACACAUGCUCAGUGCCCUUGCCCAGACGUGUCGCUCAUUCAGCGAUCUUGCUUUGGAUGUUCUUUAUGGUGAAUUGGAUGACUUUAGCCCAUUGGUUCGAUGUCUUCCGAAAGAUCUAGUGGGAGAGGUUUAUGGAAAAUUGACUUUCCUAAGGCUGAUGUGCCCAACGGACUGGGAUAUCUUUCUAAAAUAUGCCGGUCGUGUCAAGAGAUUAGAACUACACGACUGUCACUCUGGCGUUGGCGCUUUAACCCUCAUCAUGGCUGGUUUUGGGCCAAUGAAGCCUUUACCAUUUCCAAAGCUCAAGUACCUAGGUGUCUUCUUUCGAAUACGAGCAUGGCAGCAUGUUUUGCGUCCAUUUCUCGGGCCGCAGCUCCUUGGGCUCAAACUCGAAUUUCUUCUCGAAGCAAAAGACAAAAAUCGAAGCUUGGCAUUUUUCAACUCUCUCAACGCUACGUGUCCCGCAUUGACAUCUAUUCAUCUCAAGCCGUCACAGUCAGACGCCAGUGGUCACGCGGCGAGAUCUCUUCUGAAUGUGCUGAUGAACGUGAUUUGUGGAUGGGAUCAUCUCAAGGAGAUAUCUUUCCGUGUCUUCCCUAAUGGAAGGUUCGAACUGCACGUCUUACAGCGUUUGCUGUCUACACUAGAUAGCUUUGCGAGUUCACGAGAUACCAUCGAAGGGCUCUGCAUAGUGGAAAACGCCGCAUGGGAUACAUAUCACGACCGCAUCCAAGAAACUGUCAUCAAUUUCGGGAUACUGAAAGUUCUUCCUACCUUCCAUCGUUUACGCGAAAUCAAGAUAGACACGAGUUUCCCGAUUUCAAUGGACGAUGAGACGUUGAAAGAGGUGGUAACAGCGUGGCCCAAGUUGCAAAAACUGUCACUCAAUGCGAAGCAUGGGUGUAGAGGUCAUUCAAAAGUCACUACCAACGGUUUCGUCACCCUAUUGCGACUCUGCCCAGAACUGGAGGAGCUCGGUUUGGUCAUCGUCGUGGAGGGCAUUAGUCCGAAAUUUCCCUUGUCAAUGCAAGGACCUCUCAACAGCAAACUAACCGAACUGCAACUAGGCGACUCUAAAAUUGGUGCCACCGAUUAUGUGUACUUCGCAGUCAUCAUAUCCAUCGUUCUUCCUCGAGUCCGGUCGAUCUUCUCCUGGUUCUCAAUACGUGGUCUCGAGGAAGGCCACGAGCAGCGCACUAGAUGGAUAGACGUGCUGAGUCUAUUGUCCAUUUUUGCAGACAUAAAAGAACCAGGCGAGAAAAUUCUGCGAAAAAGCCUCGCAGGCGGUAUAGUUCCUGAAGCAGUUGUCUCGAACUGCAAGGUGCAACUCUUUCCCGAUCACUGGUUCAAUCGCAAGGACAUUUACCUUUCUGCUGCAUGGUCGUUUUUCUUCGUUCUUCUAUCAAUGUUGCGCCCCGUCUUCUGCAUUUUAUACCAUGACAAUCUGGCUCUGAUCCCCUCGACAUCGCAAGACCAUAAUCUUCUUGCUGUAUGGCAGCAGACUCUGCGAGUUAAUCAAGAUGAGAAGGAACAUAAUACUUGGUAUUGAUCUCCUCGUCAAAGAAUGUCAAUAACACUAUGAGCCUCUACGAUGACCGCACUGGAC